UAAUGAAGAUUGCCAUAUUGCUAGUUUUAGCUGUUUCACUCAAUGCAGUCUCAACAGACCUAAAUAGAUAGGCAUAAAAACAUGUUGAUGCUUUAAUGAAAACAAAUUGGGGAUAAACAAUUUUACAAUUGGCUGAAUUACAUGCUCAUACAGGAGGAGUUUUAUAAGACUUAGUAGGAGCAAUUGAAGAAAUGAUUUAAUAAAUGUAAGAUGAAUUAGAUGAAGUUGAAUAUAAUUAUGGAGUUAGAACAAAUGAACACAACUCAUUGUCAUUAUAAUAUACACAAGAAGUUUAAGAUGCUGAUAUUGGUAUGUUAUUUAUAUUUAUAUAAAGAUAUUUAAAGAAGUGCUGAUACAUUAGAAAAUUUACUUUAUCCAAGAAGAGAAUAACUUAAGGCAAAAAUCUAAUAAUUGAUUGAUUAUUAAGAAUUCAAUAGAAAAACUGUAGAUGAAGAAACUUUGAUUCGAGAAUAAGAACAUGAAGCAUUUGAAGCUUAAAUUGCUGAAUUUAAUGAUGCAGUUGGUGCCACUGAUGAUGCAUUAAAUUUGUUAAGCACAUUGACUAAUCCAUCAUUAGUAUAAAUUCAAAAGUUCUAAAACAAUUUGAGAAAGAUUGAAGCCAGAAUUAAACCACAUUCAUAACACUAAACUUUAAUUAAAGCUUUGAUCACAUUAGCUUCAGAAUAAAACUUUUCAGAUUAAGGAAUCAUUAAAUAAAUCGUUGAUAAAUUGAAUGAAUUCAGAAAUGCUGUUGUUGAUGCUAUUAAUGCAGCUACUGCUUAAGAAGCUUAAGAUGUUCAAGAUUAUGAAGAUAGAAUUGAAUAAUUAGAUGCUGAAUAUGCUGAAUUCUAAAGAUAAAUUACUAAAAUUACAAUUGAUUUGAAUGCUACAUAAGGUAAUUCUAUAUUUAUAAUAUUAAUAUAGAAAAAAUUGAAUAAUUUUUAUCAUUCCAAGCUUAAAGAUAAUCUGACAGAAAUACUGCUUAAGCCUUACUUGAUUUGGAGAAUGAACAAUUUGCUGAUGAUACUUAAAUUUAUACUGAUUUAAAGAAUAAAUUAAUCAGAGAUAUUUAAGUGACUGAAGAAGCAUUCAGUUUAGUCAAAAGUGUUGACUUUAGCAAAAUCAAAGUUUGAUU